AUGAAACCCCGCGAAAAGGUGGUCACAGCAGAAGACAUUCAAAGCUCUCUUUAUUUUGUUCACGUCGAACACCCUCAAGAUGUCAACCUCAUAGGCCUUCCAGAUUAUGAGUACUCGAAUUCUUCAGAAACCCGACCAAAUGCCGCAAAUCGACUUUCUACGCCGGUAAUCCAGCGCAAGGCUGUUGCAAAUACGCCAACAGCUGCACCGUCGCGUAAACCUGUACCUGGAACCCUGACUCCUAUCCCGAACUUUGAGAGCAGACAAAACGUCAGCGCGGGCCAUUAUGCUCAAAGACCAGGAAUGCUGACUCCUGGGUACGAGCCACGUCGAUCCUAUGAUUCGAGUCGGUCGGAGACAGAGAACGAUACUUCGACAUUUCAACCGAGACCGGACGUCAACACCUGUCCCACCGGUAUAUCACUUACUCUCAUUCGACGAGAUCCGGCAUCUGGCGCUCAAUGGAACGUUGCUCGAAUCGACGAUCCUACUAUCACCGAGGUCUCAUCUGCAGGAUUGGCCGAAUCCGCCACAAGACGGAAACCAGGUGCUCCGUUGUAUAUCGCAAUAUCGAAUCCUGGGUAUUCCAAGUUCCUUCACUCCGACUACGAGCAGAGACCCUCUUUGCCUGCGCGUGCCAGCGAUUUAUCCAUUCGGUCCCACCAAACAUCAAAUGCUCCGCCGCGCUCAAGUAUGGACCACCACCUAGAAACUUCAUCGAAGGACGAUAACGUUUUCCGCCGUCGCUUAUGGAUGGAGGGCUUGCAACAUGGUGGGGGCUUUGGACACCGCAAAAACGGUUCACAUGACUACAACUCUAGUCGGCCCACUUCAAGGAGCAACUACGAUGACAGAUCAUCUGCGGAUCAACCCUUACCCUCGCCAUCGUUUCUGACACGAGAAGACCAGGCAUACGGUACACUUCAAGUUUCCGAGCGGCAGUCGAGUUUUCGAGGAUAUGUCUUCACGAGCCCCUGGAAUGGACGCUGUGAGUUUAUUACUGGAGCGAGCGGUGGCUCGCUGAAGUGUCGACAUAUUAUUCCUGGUCUACAGGGUGGACCACCUGCUGCUGCAACCGUGAGCGAAAUGCGGUUCAACCUGCCAAGUGCCAACAAAGCACCGUCACCUAAAGAAGAAUCUUCGAAAAGAUCGUCGUUCUUUAAGCGAGGACGACACAGUCGCAACAACUCAUCGGUGUCGGUGAACCGCGAUGAUAAUGUAGAUGAUGCAAGGAGCUCAUUGGACCGUAUGGAUUUGUCUUUGGGCCAAGAGUUUGCGGGAGGUGGCUUCGGUGGGAAGCAAGCCAAGCUGGGCAAGAUUAUCCUGGAAGACGAGGGCUUGAAAAUGAUGGACCUGCUUGUGGCCACCAACAUAGGACUGUGGUGGCGGGCAUAUGAAAAGGCUCAAGCUGCUGCAAGAGGUGACUGA